CGGCGAAGGAGAGCGGGUUGGCACGCAGUUCAACUGAUGUUUACGAUGGAAUUUCUGAAGACGUGUGUACUUAGAAGAAAUGCAUGUACUGCGGUUUGCUUCUGGAGAAGCCACGCGAUACAAAAACUUUUAGUUGGAAAGAUUAGUACUACCUCUUCAAGGAGCACUGUCAUGCCCGCCUGGGUGAUAGAUAAAUACGGGAAGAAUGAAGUGCUUCGAUUUACUCAGAAUAUGAUGAUACCUGUCAUACACUAUCCAAAUGAAGUUAUUAUCAAAGUUCACGCUGCAAGUGUAAAUCCAAUAGAUGUUAACAUGAGAAGUGGUUAUGGAGCUACAGCUUUAAAUAUGAAACGUGAUCCUUUACAUAUUAAAACCAAAGGAGAAGAAUUUCCCCUGACUCUGGGUCGGGAUGUGUCUGGUGUGGUGAUGGAAUGUGGACUCGAUGUGAGGUACUUCAAGCCGGGAGAUGAGGUCUGGGCUGCAGUUCCUCCCUGGAAACAAGGCACCCUGUCAGAGUUUGUUGUAGUCAGCGGGAAUGAGGUCUCUCUCAAGCCUAAAUCACUCACUCAUACUCGAGCUGCCUCUCUGCCCUAUGUGGCUCUCACAGCCUGGUCUGCCAUAAACAAGGUUGGCGGCCUGAAUGACAAGAAUUGCCCAGGAAAACGAAAGUUGGCAUGA